GACUUUUGAUUUGACGAUAAAAUAAUUUUUAUAAAUUUUGCUUGUAUUCUAUAUUCUAUAUUGUAUAUAAAUAAUAUAUUGGAAAUUGUAACCAAAUAAUUGAGUUUAAAUUUGAAAUGGAGUUAAGUGAAGAUUCUAUAAAGAUAAAACAAGAUGUUUUAAUAUGUGAUACAGAUGGAGAUUCUCUAGAGCAACAUGUUAAUGUACAAACUAAAUCAGAACUGGAAGAAUACAUGCUUGAAAGUAAUUACACAGAGAAUUCUUUAUCAGACUCCUAUUGUUCAGAAGAUAUUAAAAUAGAAGAACACACCUUACAAUAUGAUAUAAGUAACCCAUUCCCUGUCAUUACCAAACAAGAAGUUAUGACAGAAAUAAAAAAAGAACUGGAUGAACAUAAUUUAGAAGUAAACCAUGAGUGUGACAAAAAUACAAAUAGGAAAAAAUUAGAAGCUGAGAGAGAUGUAAAGUUAGAGAUAGGAGCUUCAAAUGAGAUAGAUCAUGAUAGUCAUUGUGGAAGUAUGGAAACAGAAAAAUUACUGUCCAACAUUGACAAAAAAAAUUUAUGUCCGAAAUCCGAAAGAUCUUUGGUAACACACACACGAGAAAAUUCGUACAAGUGCGAAACAUGUUUGGAGGAAUUUGCUUUAUUACAGAAUUUAAAAAGUCAUUUGAGAUUGCACGUUGGAGAAAAGCCUUACAAGUGCAAAACAUGUUUGAAGGAAUUCAGUCAAAAUGAACAUUUGAAAAAACAUUUAAGGCUACACACUGGAGAAAAGCAUUACAAGUGCGAAACAUGUUUAAAGGAAUUCAGUCGAGAUGAAAAUUUGAAAAGGCAUUUAAGGGUACACACUGGAGAAAAGCCUUACCAAUGCCAGAUUUGUUUUAAACAAUUUGGUCAAGAUGAACAUUUGAAAAAACAUUUAAGGGUACACACUGGAGAAAAGCCUUAUAAGUGCGAAACUUGUUUUAAGCAAUUUGGUCAAGAUGAACAUUUGAAAAAACAUUUAAGGGUACACAGUGGAGAAAAGCCUUACAAGUGCGAAAGUUGUUUUAAGCAAUUUAGUCAAGCAGGAAGUUUGAAAAGACACUUAAGGAUACACAGUGGAGAAAAGCCUUACAAGUGCGAAACAUGUUUGAAGGAAUUUGCUUUAUUACAGAAUUUAAAAAGUCAUUUGAGAUUGCACGUUGGAGAAAAGCCUUACAAGUGCAAAACAUGUUUGAAGGAAUUCAGUCAAAAUGAACAUUUGAAAAAACAUUUAAGGCUACACACUGGAGAAAAGCCUUACAAGUGCGAAACAUGUUUGAAGGAAUUCAGUCUAGAUGAAAAUUUGAAAAGGCAUUUAAGGGUACACACUGGAGAAAAGCCUUAUAAAUGCGAGAUUUGUUUUCAACAAUUUGGUCAAGAUGAACAUUUGAAAAAACAUUUAAGGGUACACACUGGAGAAAAGCCUUAUAAGUGCGAAACUUGUUUUAAGCAAUUUGGUCAAGAUGAACAUUUGAAAAAACAUUUAAGGGUACACAGUGGAGAAAAGCCUUAUAAGUGCGAAACUUGUUUUAAGCAAUUUAGUCGAGCAGAAACUUUGAGUAAUCAUUUAAAAAUACACAGUGGAGAGAAGCCUUACAAGUGCGAAACUUGUUUUAAGCAAUUCAGUCGAGAUGAACAUUUGAAAAAACAUUUAAUGGUACACACUGGAGAAAAACCAUACAAGUGCGAGAUUUGUUUUAAGCAAUUCAGUCAAGAUGGACAUUUCAAAAUACAUUUAAGGGUACACACUGGAGAAAAACCUUACAAGUGCGAAAUAUGUUUUAAGCAAUUUAGUCAUGCAGGAAGUUUAAAAAGGCAUUUGAGAGUACACACUGGAGAAAAGCUGUAGUGUUAGAUUUGUUUUAACCUAUUGACUGCCAGCCAUAGAAAAAAGUGUUGUGUGAUUUGGUAGAAUGCGAUCUUACCCUUCAAAAAAUAUGUCACGUAUUUCAGCACCUGUUUAAUUGGAAGGAUACUACAAAUCUGGCCUCCACAUUAAGUGGUCUGUAGCUUCUACAUGAUAGGUGUGAAAUUUUAAACAUUCUUGCUGUUGAUUGGAGAGGAAGAGUGGCAUAAUCUAGCCUCCAUGCUAGGUACAUCAUAGCCUCCAUACGGUACUUCCAAUAUUUAAUAUUUUAUUUAUUCAAGUGGACAAUAAAGGUAAAACACAAACAA